GGCUAAUAAGCGAAGCGCUACGACUUAGCGUAGAAUCGGAACCUCGACCGAUCCGCGGCUUAGGAUCGAUGAUGAAAGAGAGUCUGCGGCUGAUUCGCAUUUGCCUUCUGCGUCUAACAAGCUCGUGGUGCGCAUGUUUCCCAUCAUGACGAUUGUUGUGGAGCGGUAAUUAUGCUUGACGCGUUCGUUUCUAACCUUUAUAUGUUCCUUCCCCGGACUUCCUAGAGUUUGCCCUUGAACAGUCCUGUCGUUAAGCUGUUGAUAUGUCCCGAAACAAUGAGCAGACGCCGCUGCUCCAGGAGAGGUGGAGUGAGGAAGGCGAGAGCCGAACUCUUCUACGUAUUGAAGAUCUUCCCACUGAGUACAAUCCAAGAGAGUGGUCGAGAUGGAAUAAGAUGGCCAACGUAGUCGUCAUUGCAUGCAUGUCAAUUUUGAGUCCCCUCGUUAGUAGCAUGUUCACUCCAGGAAUUGCGCAGAUUGCUGAAGAUCUUAAUACUUCUACCACCGCUGUUAUUGGUACAACUACCGGAUACAUUGUUAUGUUAGGGAUUGGGCCUUUACUUUUAGCACCGCUUUCAGAAACCUUUGGCCGCCGCAAUCUCUACCUUACUUGCUUCUCUAUAUUCGCCCUUUUACAGAUCCCAACAGGUUUCUCUCCCAACAUCGAAUUCCUCAUCGUCAUACGCAGUGUUACAGGCUUCUUUGGUAGUGUAGGCGUAGCCAACGGAGGAGGAACGAUUUCAGAUAUGUUCAUUCCAAGUGAGCGAGCUGGGGUUUUCGGAUGGUACCUAUUAGGCCCUUUACUGGGCCCGACGAUCGGCCCUCUGCUCGGCGGUGUGAUCGUGCAAGAGCUUGGAUGGCGCUGGACAUACUGGAUUAUGGCCGUCGUAUCCCUUACAAAUACAGCAGCGGGCUACUUCCUUCUACGUGAAACAUACGUGCCACGGAUUUUGAGCCAAAAGAAAGACGAGUUCGAGCGUGAGGCCUCUGGUUCCGAUGGCGCAAAGUAUACGUACGAAGGCGAAGAUACCCGACCGCUACGCCAAAAGAUCCUGCAUUCUUUAAAGCGACCACCGAAGAUCUUCGCACAACCAAUUGUUGCAACUAUGGCUGUGUACCAGGCUCUUAUCUUUGGAACGACAUUCAGCAUCUACACGAAUAUGCAGAAAAUAUAUUCUGAUCUAUACGGCUUCAAUACCGAACAAGUUGGCCUAUUGUAUCUUGGACCCGGUCUUGGCUUUAUCUUCGCAGUCUUCUUUCUGGUACCUCGGAUUGAUACAGUAUACAAGAGUCUCACAGCAAAACAUGGCGAGAAGGCCAAGCCUGAAUAUCGCCUACCUCUUGCAAAUAUCGGUGCGGUACUUAUCCCAGUAUCGUUGUUCUGGUUUGCGUGGACGGUAGAAACUCACGCGCAUUGGUUCGCAUCUAUCUCAGCGACCUUCUUCUACGGCAUCGGCCAAGUCAUGAUUUUAAACUGCACUCAAAACUAUUACAUUGACAGUUUCGAGAAGUAUGCGGCAAGUGCGAUCGCAGCAGGCACUGUGUUCAGAAGUCUCGUUGGUGGCGUUGUGCCGUUAGCUGCGCCAGGGUUAUUCGAGAAGCUAGGUUAUGGCUGGGGAAUUAGUGUGUUUGCCUUCACCGGUUUGAUACUCGCGCCUGCUCCCAUUCUCUUCUACAUAUUCGGCGAGAGGAUCCGCGAGAGAUUUCCUGUAAACUUGUAAGGCUUAGUCACACCAUGGAGGAACCAAGGGUAGUCACCUAGUGCUACCAUCUUCUUCAAGCGAUCCCAUUGGGAUACACUCAACGAAAAAGGAUGUUGUUACAGGACACAACUGAGUAUUGAGCUG